ACAGCGUGGGCGGGCUCCUCUCAGAUUCGGUUGACGUUGUUGUUGUAAGUGGAGUGGAAAUUACUUUGUGGCUGAUGAUGGUCCGGCUUGUUUGGGGAUUUAACGCUCAGUUGCCCCACGACAAGAUGCUCCAAAGUUAAACGCUGUCCAUUUUCACCGAGUGGGGAAAGUAAGAGGACGGGAAGGAUGGAAACAUCUGCGAAGCCGCUCAAGCGAAAAAGCAAUUUGGAACGCUACACGCUACAUUUGUCACGCCGCCAGAGACGGCAAAUGUUGUUCAUCAUGAUUGGCGGAGAGGAUCGGGGACGGGGCGGACUGGAGGGGUCAGCGAGGGGAUUCUUGGUCCACAUGAAUGUGUUGACCCGGUCCACUAGCUUGUUCGCAUGUCACGCUGGACUUUCUCACAUCCUUCCGUGUUCCUCUGGCAAGUCCUAUCCCACUUUGUCCAGUCCACAGGAGCAGAACCAGGAUUAGCCAGAGACCUGCUCGAGGGCAAGAAUUGGGACCUGAACGCCGCCCUCAGUGACUUUGAGCAGCUGCGACAGGUGCAUGCUGGGAACUUGAUGUACUCCUUCACCCAGGAGAGGACGUACCUGCCCCCGGAAAAAGAGAUGGCCCGCCUCGGACGCCUCGCACUGCAGAGACAAGACGAUGUGACCCAAGCUGCCGAAAAGCGUCAGCCGAGGGGGGUCCCGGCCCGCGCCGCCUCGCCCGUGGUUGCUUCCCUGACGCGCACUUAUGCCUCCGGCCCCGCUGGGGGCAGCGACGAGCAGCUGCUAAACACGCCCGAGUUCACCUUCCAGCUGCCCGACCUCAGCAUGUACCAGGACGACUUCCGGGUCAACGAGCGGGACCUGAUUGAGAAGUCCAUGAUGGUGGCGCUGGAACACGCCGGGCGUCUGAACUGGUGGACCAAAGUAGUUCCCAACUGUCAGAGUUUGCUGCCCCUGACGACCACGGGAGACGGAAACUGCCUGUUACACGCCGCCUCGCUCGGCAUGUGGGGCUGUCACGACCGCGACCUGUCAUUGCGCAAGGCGCUGCGCGAGCAGAUGGACCACGGUGCCGAGCAGAACGCCCUCAAGCACCGCUGGAGGUGGCAGCUGACCCAGCAGAACAAAGAGUCGGGCCUGGUCUACAGCGAGGAGGAGUGGCAAAAGGAGUGGAACGAGCUCCUGAAACUGGCCUCCAGCGAGCCCCGAGUCAACUACAGCAGCCACGCCAACAACAGGGGGGAGUCGUCGGACGAGCCCGUGUACGAGAGCCUGGAGGAGUUCCACGUGUUCGUCCUGGCGCACGUCCUCAAGCGGCCCAUCGUGGUGGUGGCCGACACCAUGCUGAGGGACUCCGGAGGAGAGGCCUUUGCCCCCAUCCCGUUCGGGGGCAUCUACCUGCCACUGGAGGUGGCGUCCACCCAGUGCCACCGCUCUCCGCUGGUGCUGGCCUACGACCAGGCUCACUUCUCGGCGCUGGUGCCCAUGGAGCAGAAGGACGGCUCCGACGAGCAAGUGGUGAUCCCGCUCACCGACUCUGAGCACAAAAUGCUUCCUCUGCACUUUGCCGUGGAUCCAGGAAAAGACUGGGAGUGGGGCAAGGACGACACCGACAACACCAUGCUUGGGAGCGUGGCUUUGUCAUUGGAGGCAAAGCUCCAGAUGUUGCACAGCUACAUGACCGUCAACUGGCUGCCGCUGCCCUGCGAGCAAGCGCCACUGGCCCAGCCCGAGUCGCCCACCGCGUCUGCCGGAGAGGACGCCCGUACGCCUCCGGACUCCGGCGAGUCGGACAAGGAGUCGGUCAGCAGCAGCUCCAACGGCAACGGAGACGCCGCCCCCGCGGGACCCACGGUCAACGGUUGCGGACACCCGGCCAAGAACAACUCAUCUACCUCGUCCACGUCAUCCAACGGCGGCUCGGCGGAGAGCGGCGCGCCGGCGGCGAGCGCCGCGCCCGCGACGGGUCAAAAGAACAAAGCCAAGAAAGAGAAGGAUAAAAAGAGGGCCGAGUCGGUGGCCAACAAGCUGGGCAGCUUCGGCAAGACACUGGGCAGCAAGCUGAAGAGGAACGUGGGCGGUCUCAUGACGGGCAAGAACGGGGGCGCCGGACACGGCAAGAAGGAGAGCGGGAUCAAAAAGAAGGGCUCGUUCCGAGCUGAGAAGGAUGCCAAGGAGGGCUCCCCUUCUUCACCCCACGUGUCUGAGGACUCCGGCAAGGGCUCGCCCUCUUCGGGCAGCGAGCGUCUCAACGGGACAGGCGGCAGCGUGAGCAGCAGCAGCGGCACGGAGGGCGAGGUGUACAAGUACAGCGCCGACGUCAAGGUCAGCCUCGGCAUCAUGAAGGCGGCCAUGCAAGGCGAGAGGAAGUUCGUGUUCGCCGGCAUGCUGACCACCGACAACCAGCACCCGCUGCGGGAGCAGAGGAUCCGGCGCUACUUCACCGAGGUGGAGGAGCGCUACCGGGCCGAGCAGGAGCAGCGGCGCGAGGCCGAGCGCAAGGGUGUCGCUUACGCCGUCGCGCCGCCCAAAAAUGGGGCAGCGGCGGGAGCCGUUGAGCUCGCUCAGAACCCGGCGCCCACAUUCAACCAGCUCAACACCACCCUCCUUAGCCCGUCCAUGUACUCUGGCGUGGUGCCCAUCCCGCGGCCCUCCCUGACAGAUCAGCCGCCCUCUUCGGUGCCCCUCCACGUGCACUACACGGAAACUCGGCGUCAGUUGGCCGGCGGCUCUUCCGCGGCCUCCUACCCGUCGUACGCCACCCUUCCGAGGCACUGCUCCACGGUACAGGGAGGCGCCCUUAACACCCCCAACGCUCAGUGUAAUACCUCCCAAGGCCCCGCUCCCCUUAUUCCGGCCCCCGUGGCACCCUCGUACCCGCCCGAGCUCAUCCCGCCCGACUACCCCAGGUGUCACCCCUCCAACGGCUUCCUGGAGCCCGGUAGCGGGCUCCCGCCGGUGCGCCACUACUCCCUGGGCAGCGUGGGCGCUCUACCUGGCAUGCCGUCCGGCCACUGUCGGACCCCCAGCUGCGACUUCUACGGACACCCCGAGACGGGCAACUACUGCUCCUGCUGCUACCGCAAGAAGAAGGAGACGGAGCCCACCGUCCAGAGGUUCUGAUCCAGAUUCCCCCUGACGAGUGGCCUUCUUCAGUUCAGUCGGGACUCAGUCGGCUACCGCUUCCUGGCUCGGGAAGAGACCCGGUCCCUAGAAUCAAACAGGGCUGUCUCAGACCCAUAGAAAACUGCACUUCUGUUACAUUUUUGCUGCGGCUCUUAUGCAAGUGUACGUGUGUGCGUGAAAGUGUCUGAAAGUGUGUUUGCUGCAUGGUUGCCCUCCCGAUCCGAGUUCAAGUCCUGGCCUCUGUCACCUCCUAGUGGAGAGAAUGUAAACGACAGGGCAGGCGCCCCACAGUAAUAAGCGCGGAGACACAGGGAUGCAUGAAGAUUGUCUCCGCAAGGUUCUAGCAAGCCCUUUGAGCGGUUUUCCAAUACCCACCAAAGCUUAACUGCAGCCGCUGCAGAAUCCUCCAGGGACAGGAAAGAGUAAAUGGCUGCUUGCACUGAACUGUCUUACUGGUGAGGACAAAGAGUGUACUAGUGCACAGACCUCGUUCUGGAUAUCUUUUGGAAUAAAUGCGCAAAAGGCAUUGUGGAAAGCCGUUUGAGCAUUUAUUCGAUAUCAGAAUCAUCUUUAUUUGCCAAGUAUGUCCCAAAAACACACAAGGGAUUUGUCUCCGGUAGUUGGAGCCGCUCGAGUACGACAACAGACGGUCAAUUGACACAGAACACUUUGGAGACACAAAGACAUUGAAAAAAACAAUCACUGAGCAAUAAAGGGUUGCUAGUUAUCUGGUAAUGCCGGUACAAUUUUUUAUUUUUAUGUUUGUGCAAAAAGUCCUCUAGCACUUAGAACAAACAGUUUGAAUGACUAAUAUAGCAAUAGUCCGGUGCAAUAAGCGCCGAGACUUCAAGGAGUGUAUGCGGUUUAAAGUGACAAGUAGCGCGAUCAUCUGGGACAAUGUCGAUUGUGCAAAUGUUGCAGAUACUCCUCGGUCAGUUUGCAAGUGGUGCAGAUGCUACUCAGGCACACGAGUGGCCAGUAUUGGUCAACAACAGAUAUGCAAAUAGUGCAGCGUGGCGAGACGACGACAGUGAGUGCACCAGUCAUGUGUCAUUGGCCCCACAGAAAUGUGACAACAAAGUCAAGACAAAAGAAAUUGGCAGCGUGUUGCAAUGGAAUUGUAAGUUAGCUGUUGAAGAAGUUGGAAUGUCUGCUAGUUCGAGUUGGCAUUCAUAUCCUUGAUAUCCAGCCGAAGUUCAUACUAGUAGGCAAAAAAGUGGAAAAAUAUGUUACGGGUAAGACACUUGUUCUACCGGUGCGCCCUAGGCAUUCUACUAGUGCGCUGAAUUAUCUUACCAGGACAAAGCGCGUAUUAGUACAUAAACCUCAAGAUGAAUAUCAGGGACAUUAAAUAAAUACUCAAAUGGCUUUGCGUCCAAGAGGUAGGUUUUAUACUACUGCUUGUGAAAAAUGCACCAUGGAAAAGGUCUCGAACCGAAACACAGAAAUGACGACGAUGGCUCUCCGCUGAUCGUACUUGGUGAUCGAGUCCCGCUCGACCGGACCAAAUGAUUCAUAGCUGCGGUUGUUCACGACGCGGGUCCAGUCUUCCGUCUUGGGCCAAGCCAAGGGUAUUAAAGUCACGUUUCCACCGAGAGGUACACUUCGGUGCACUAGGUUUGGCGAGGCUUGGAGUACUUAAGGUGGGUCCUGGAUGUAAAAUGGUCUGCAGAGCACUUUGGCAGGGUCCAGAUCGCAGCGCAGAAUUGGGAUCGGACGAUCAGACCAGACUCAGGGUUUAUUAUCAAGACCAUGGAAGACUUGAUAACUUCCAAAGCUUCCAAUCCUAAAAGUGUCGGUCUCAAGUCUUCAAAGUCGUGGUCUUGACUCUGUCACAAGUCCUCAAUGUCGCUCUGGACUUAGUUUUUAGUCCUCAGUGUCUUGGUCUCAAGUCCUCAAAAGUUUUGAUCUUGAGUUGUUCUCGAGGCCUCAACGUCUUGUUCGCAAGUCCUCAAAGUCUGGGCCUUGACUUAGUCUCGAGUCCUCAAUCUCUUGGUUUCAAGUCCUCAAAAUCUUGUUUUUGACUGUCUCAAGUCCUCAAAGUCUUGGCCUUGACUUGGUCACGAGUCUUCAAAGUCUUUGUCUCAAGUCGUUAAAGUGAUCUUGUUUUGGCCUCAAGUCCUCUUAAGUCUUCAUAGUGUGUCGAUUGAAUUUGUGCUCACUUUGAUUUAUUUGGCAAUGAAGUGAUGGUACGGCACAUGAAACGAGAAACAAGGCCCGAGUCUUCUCCCCCCCUAAGAUGAAAGAAUACAGUUUGAUAGAUGGAUGGAUAGAUAUGAGGGCCAGUCAAAAAGUAAGAAAUCCAAUUUAAUUAAACCUAUUCAUGAUUUUUUUCAGAAAUGUUCACACUGUGUAUAAGUGUAAAUACUAGUUUGAACAAGAGUUUUGCACUAUUUGCGGGAUCUACUGCUCCUUUGCUUUGAUCCUGGACACCCACUUUUUGACACAUUUUAGUGGCGGUUCCGCUUCCAAAGCCAGAAAUUCAGUGGCAGCUCUCUGCUUCUGAUGGGAAUCCAACGAUGACGUCAUUUCCAAAAUGGCGGACAGGAAGAGGACAGGCUGAAACAAAACCGUUUUUUUUUAAUAAACCAUAACAAGUUUUCAAACUAGAAACGGUGAACAUUUCUGAAAUCAUUCUCAAAUAUUAGUAGGUCAAAUUAAAUUGGGCUCAUUGCUUUUUGACCGAACCGCCCCCAUUUGGAGCUCCUCCCACUGGGAUUUUCUGACCGCCCCGCCCCCAUUUGGAGCUCCUCCCACCGGGAUUUUCUGACCGGACCUCCCCAAGGCUUUGGAGUGCCUUCCACGUGGGCCCGGAUUCUUGGUAUCCAUCUUCAGCUCCAUGCACUAGUGCACUCUUUGUCUUCACUUUUCACCGCACUAGUAGAACAACUAGGGUUCACAAGUGGAACAACUGUGUCCAAAAAAUACAUUUUUUUUCUACUGCUUUAUCUUUCUGCACAAUAGUUUGACAACUAUGAUAGGAGUAAGCAAAGGUUACAAGUGGGCAUUUUGGUGCUACUAGUAGAGUCCAGGAGGCCACUAGUGUCUUACUAGUGAUCACAAAGAGAGUACUAGUAUUAAAACAGCAUUGUGGAAAGCUGUUUGUGCAUUUAUUUGAUAUCCUUGAUAUGCAGUUUUAAGAUUCAUGUACUAGUAGACUAUCCUUACGAGUAACACAAUUCAGCACAAUAGUAGAAUGACUAGGUUGUACUAGUAGUAGAACUUUUUCCCCCACUCAUGUAUGACAAAUCUUUGCACUUCUUGGCAUCUGCAUGCUAUUAGUACCACUAGUGAAUUGCUAGAUGUUAGCUAGUAGAUUUGUAUGGCACUAGUAGUACAAAUAGUGCACAAUUGCCAAAUGGUGUAGUUUAGUCUCACUAGUAACAUAGUCGUGUUACUGGGAUGCCAAAUUUGGCCUCCAAGUGCGGAAAAAAAGUGUACUAGUACAUGAACUUUCAGCUGGAUAUCCUUGAUCUGGAAUAAAAGUCAUUUAGGCAUUUAUUCCAAAUCAAGGAUAUGGAAUAAAUGCUCAAAGAGCUUCCUGGAAUUAGUAUGCCAAAAGUUGUCCUACUUGUCAGUACAAAGAGCGUACUACUAUCGUCAUUAGUGGACUCUACUUUUUGUGUGGGCCUUUGGGGGUUUGAAAGCACAAAAAGCAAAAAGGCUAGCAUGCGGUUCACUGCCACGCCUAGCAGGGGGCGCUGUUGUGCUUUUGUGUGGUUGCGUCAGCCUCGUGGAGUAUUUCAAGCGACAGUACGCCCGUGUUUCAAAAAACAAAAACAAGAAAAAAAUAGCAAAGUUAGCGUUUGCUGUGUCUUGUGUGCGUUUUGUUAACCCUGCACUAGAGUUUGAAUCACUCACGGGAAAAGUGAGGGCUGUUCGUUGUUUUGUUUUGUUUUGUUUUGCUUUUGUGAAUACUCCAAAGAAUGAGCAGACGUUGGAAGGACUUUGCAGGCUUAAUGAAACAAAUUAUUGUUUUGUAUUUAAGUCAAAAGACAACAGAGAGCGUGUGUGGUUAUUUUUGUAAGCCCAAAGUUUUCCAGUGUUUAUAAAAUAAAAGAAUGGUAAAGAAUGUAUUUUGUUGGAUCCUAUCAAGCGGUACAAAGAGCAGACAGCAAUUUCAAAAUAUAUAUUUAUAGCCAGAUCUCUUUUAAAUAGCUUUCCUUAUGGUGUUUUUUGUUUGUUUGGUUUUUUUGCUUAGUGCUCUGCCUUUUUAUAUAUUUUUUCCUUUCAGUGGCAUUUGUAUUUUUUAUUUUUUUUCCUCUUUCCCCCUGCAGUUACACAAAAACAAAGUGGCUGCAAAUCGUUUCUAUUUUUCUACAGCAGAAUGGACAAACUGCAUGGGAACGGCGACCCAACUUUAACCAAACGUGUGCAUUAUUUUUAACACAUCUGGGUUUUUUUGGUUUUUUUUUUUAUGCUUUUGAGAGUUCUCCCACCCUCAUGAAGGCUGCAGAGUGUGCAAUGUGGAUGGAAAAAGCAUCAGAUUUUAUUUUGAUUAUUAUAAUUUUUUUUUUUCUUUUUGCACCAUUUAAAUAAAUUGUCAUUGUAUUUGA